UAAUUAAUGAUCGUUGAUAUAAUGUAGAUCUGACGGCAGACAUUACUAAUCUUCCUCCAAAGUUUUCAUUUUUCUUCCUUUGGAGCUUUUCACUUUUACGCUGCACCUCCUUCUCUCUCCAUCUCUCUCCUCCAUUGAAGCGCGUGCUCUUAAUCUCCAUUGAAGCGGAUUCUGAGCUUUCUCUACUCCAUUGAAGCAGCUUCGAGUAACAUGGGAAGCUUGGAAGUUAUACAAAGGUUCAUCGAUUGUGGCUGAUGCAGUUAAAAUAAUGUGGUUCCUGAAACAGUUAAAAUUACAUCCUUUAUGGGAAUUUUGUUGGUGAAUUUUGAGCUAGUCAUUAAAAUUGGUCGAGAGAAUGCUGAGGUUUUUGCAUAGAAGUGCUUUACAUCUCUAAACUUUGGAGGACAGUUCAACCUGAUUACCAUUUUCUCAUACAUCUUAAAGUCGCUUGUCAUAAUUCUUGCUAUAAGCAUUAUAGACAGAACGUCCUAAGAAAUCAAUUCUUAUUCCUGUGGUGGGGGGCCUGGAGAUUGGAGAAGCUUAUACCUCUUGAGUCUUGAGUUAUUUUAUUGAAAAUUCUUUGUUAAGUUAUGGAACUUGUGGAUAUUUUCAUGUUUGAUGAGAUGUGAAGGCUGUUAAAAAGAUGUACCUUACGCUAAUAAGGUGGCCAUUGUAGUAGAAUAUUUGUAGCUUUAUGAAGCAACAAUCUGAGCUUUAUACUUGGUUGUUAACACCGUGAGUCCUGAAACGUGUACAAAUUUAUUGGUCUCGAAAUUGCUUCCUGAUGAUUUGGUCAAAUGCUCGCUUUGCUAUACUAACAGAGCUCACAUUUGAGUAAUCAAGAUCCUGCUAUUUUAUCUGGAGAAAUGAGUGGAAGUAGCAAGAGACGCCAUUCAAAAUGGGACCAUAAAGAUGCUGAAGCACUACCUGAAAAUUUUUAUGAUAGGGCUCAGACACGGAGGCCUAGGGAGCCUCUUUCACCUGAUAGAAGUUCACGUAGGCACGAUAGUCGCAGCAAAGAAAGCGCAAUGACUUGGGAUAGAGAAGGAAAUUGCACAAGAAUCUCUCCAGGACUAGAUGAAUGGAGACCUCGGCAUUCAAGUCGGUCCCCGAGGAAUGGUUGGGGUCGAUCACACCGGUACGACUUGAUUAGUAAGAGCAGGAGCCGGAGCCGGAGCCGGAGCCAGAGUCCAGCUCAUAACUUUAGACGGGAGCCAGCAGUGAAUGAUAGGAGUAGAAGCAGAUCUGGAGUUCCAGCACAAAUAUGUAGAGAUUUUUCUUCUGGAAGAUGCAGGAGAGGGAGUAGCUGCCAUUUUCUUCACCAGGAUGAAAUGUAUGAUAAUAGGCGACUGGAAUGCAGCUCACCAGAAGAUUGGGAAAGUAGACGUCGAAAGACUGGAGGUUCAAGAUAUUCUCCUGAUGACACCAAAGACAGUGCUACAAGGACUGAAAAAUCUGCUCAUAUCUGUAACGAAUUUUUGAAGGGUAGGUGUAGAAGAGGUGAUUUGUGCAGGUAUGUGCAUGAUGAUUCUGCUGCUGAUGUAUUUGAUAAAGGAGUUGUUGAAGAUGUCUACAGGAACCGGGAUCAUGACCUUCGAAGUAGAGAUAUCUAUCCUGAUCAUGAUCAUAGAAGUAGGGAUACCUAUUGUGAUCUUGACCACAGACGGAGGGAUACUUAUCCUGACCGAAAUCAUGAAUUUGAGCCUCCUAAAAGAGGUGAAACUCCAUGCAAGUUUUUUGCUGCUGGAAAUUGCCGUAAUGGAACUCGUUGCAAAUUUUCUCAUCAGGUUCAGGAAAUAUAUAGUCCAGAUAGGAGGUCCCGAGGUGAUAGGCGCGGCCCAGACCAUAAAAGUGAGGGUGGCCAGGUUUGGGAAGGUUCAAGAUGGAGUGAUGCGACUGCUGUUUCAACUGUUCCAGCAGUGCAAGGUUGGGGAGAGGACAAGAAUGAAAGGAAAGAAGUGAGUACAGCAAGAUAUAAAGGUGAUGGGAGGGGUCUAGACCAUAAAUAUGAGGGUGACCGAGGUUGGGAUGGUCCAAGUUGGUGUGAUGUUACUACAGUACCUAAUAAUCCUGCAGCGCAUGGUUGGGGAGAUGAUAAAAAUGAGAUCACAGAAGUGGCCAAAGACAUGACUGGAUCAAGACCUGGGGAUGAUUGUUGGAGCCAUGAUAUGCUAGACAUAAAACAAACACGAGAAACAUCGGCUAAUAUAGGCAAAUCUCUGAUCCAGGACAAAAAGCAGGCACUUCAGUGGAAGAUAGAAAAUAACGUCCCUGGCUUGACGGAAAAUUUUUCUGGUGAUAUGGAGAUUUCUCCUCGGGAUAUCAAACAACAGGGCAUGAACUCUUCAUCUUCACAAACUGCAUCUAACAUUUCUUUUCCAGCUGUUCAGCAAGAUGUGGCUGGAGAAGCUUCAUAUGAGAAGCAUUACCAAGCUGGAUUACAGGAACAGAAAGUAUUUCAUGAUCCUUUUGCUGACCAGAAUCCAGAUUAUAAGGAUAAAAAACCUAUGUUGAAUUCUGGGGGAAGGAGUGAUGUUCGAGAUCAUGAUGGCUCAUGUAUUGUUCAAAAUCAACCAUUGAAUCUCCUACAAGGGCAAGGUAAUUUUCAGUCUGAUCAUAGUGUCAAUGUUCACCCUACUACAAACAUAAAUUCCCCACUUGGGCAAACUCAGCUGUCACUCCCUUCACAUUCUCUUCCUGGACAAAGUCAGCCAUCAAUUCCUUCACAUCCUCCUGGAAAAAAUCAGCUGUCAAUUCCUCUACAAUCUCCUCUUGGACAAAGUCAGUUCUCACUCUUUUCACAUUCUCCUCCUGGACAAAAUCAGCUGUCACUCUCUUCACAUCCGCCCCCUGGACAAAAUCAGCUGCCACUCCCUGGACCUCCUCCCCCUGGACAAAAUCAGCUGCCGCUCCCUGGACCUCCUCCCCCUGGACAAAAUCAGCUGCCACUCCCUGGACCUCCUCCCCCUGGACAAAUUCAGCUGCCAUUCCCAGGACUUCCUUCCUCUGGAAAAAAUCAGCUGUCGCUCCCAUUACAGAAUGCUGGACAAGGUCAGUUGUCUUCACCUUCAUAUCUUUCUCAAGGAGAGGCAAUGCAAAGGCAAGUUUCGCAUAAUCCAUCUGCCUUUUUAGAUAAAAAGGUUGAUGGGUCUCAUGCGGUCAGUUUAGCUUCAUCUGAAGUUGCUCCAGAAUCUGCUACUGCUCAUAGCUCUGUAAGCAACAAACAACUGGCACAACUCUCCCAUCUCACCGCUUCUCUGACCCAACUACUUGAAAGCAGGCAGCAGCAUUCUCAGUUUUCGACUGCUGUUACUCCCUGUAGUUUGUCUAACUCACCUGACAUAGCAGAACCUGUUCCUCCAGUUUCUGCUGCAACAAUCCAGCUCAAUCAAGCUCCUGAAGCACUAAAGCCAUAUGAUCCUGUAUGUAAUAGUGUUGAGCCAAAGAUGGCAAACUUGGGUAAUCAUGUAUUGCCUAGUGUUGAGCAGAACAUCUCUAAGAAUGAAAUACAUCACAAGGAUAAUGUGACUCAGCAAGAGCCUGUUGCAGCAUCCAAGGAUGAGAAAUAUGGCAAAACAACAGAUGAAGGAAUAAUUAAGGCUCUGGAAAAUGGGCCUUCCCAGGAUAUGGGUGCAGAUGAUGGAGCUGAUGACGAUAAAAAGUUGAAAGAUACAAAGGGACUCCGUCAAUUCAAAUUUGCAUUAGCAGAGUUUGUGAAGGAGCUUUUAAAGCCUUCAUGGAAGGAUGGUCAUGUAAGCAAAGAUGCCUACAAGACAAUAGUGAAAAAAGUGGUUGACAAAGUUACGGAGACAUUAGGGCCUCAAAUUCCUCAAACGAAAGAGAAAAUUGACAUGUAUCUGUCGUGCUCAAAGCAAAAAAUUGACAAACUUGUACAGGCAUACGUGGGGAAACAUCAAAAGAGCUAAAUCUGACUAAUGGAUUGCUGUAUUGAAUAUGAUUUUCCUGUACCAUAUUAGUGGUAGCUGAGUCUUUUAAAAUUCUUGUACAUUCAUUUUAUGCAUUGGAGGUAACCCUUUUUCUGCAUGUAAUUUUUGCUCUUUAGAUAAAUUAGCUAGCUUGUAAUGUAUGAGAUGAAUCUAUGAAUUUGAUUUUGUUAGUUUGGCAUUUUUCUUUGAGGUAGCCAUAUAUUGUUUUGGGCGGUAUGCCACUCAAGAAUGUUUUGCUAGCACAGAAUGCUGGACAGUUUUCGACUUUGGACUCGUGAUCAAGUGCAAGUGGUAUAGCCUUAUGGAAAUACCUCUAUUGAUCAAGAUCGAACAAUAUAGCUGUUUUUGUUUAUGGAAAUUCAUUACAUAUGAGUGUAACUAAA